AUGGCCCAGACGUGCGCUGGCGACCCGCAGGCCAGCGCGGCAAGCCUCGGCCCGCGCACCUACCCGCCCUACAGCGCGCGCUGGGCGAAGCGCUUCGGCGGGCCCACGGACGUGCCGUACGGCCAUUUCCGGCAGGCCUCUGAGAGCUUGCACGCGGACGUGGUGGCCAAGAUCGAGGUUGCCCUGGACCUCCCCCCCACAGAUCUGAGGGUUGAGAGGCCACCGGUGGAGAGACUGAGGCUCCCCUCGGAGCCUUUCUUUGCGGAAGCCGAGAGCCGGAGCAAAGUAGCAUCCGUCCUGCGGGCGUUUGCCUGCUGGCAGCAGGUCGGCUACCAUCCUGAGCUCGCACAGCUGGCCGUGCACAUCAUGUGCGUGGUCGGAGAAGAGCGGGCGACCUUUCAGGCGCUGGUUUCCGUGUACCGCAUGUAUCAGCUGCGCGACUACUUCCAAGGCCCGAACACGGAGGAAGCCCUCUGGCGCGACGCGGCCCGGAUCUGGGAUGCAGCGCGCCUGAAGUUCCCCGACUUGGCCUGCGCGUUCGUCCGCUUCAACCAGAUGGAGCAGUUUCAGUCCACGGUGGUGUCGCUCCUGUCGACGUUGCUGACUGAGACCUACAGCCCGGCCCGGCAGGGCUUCGAGCACCACGUCCGGCUGCUGCACUUCCUCCUGCUUCCGGCCGGGCGGUACUACGCGCAGAAUCCCCGAGCCCAGCUCCGCCGGCUGGUGCUGUACAUCAUGGCGAGGCAUGAGAACGCCUUCAUGCAAUGCAGCAGUGAGAGUCAGGUCGCGGCGAUGGCGAAGGAGAUCGAGCACUUCGUUCAGGUGGACGACAUCUUGCUCGAGAUGCUGCAUCGCAUGCACCGCUUCCAGGGCAACAAUGGCAUGUGGCCCUCAGCCCUCAUGGCCGGCCUGGGUGCCUUCGUGGCCCAAGACAUCUCAAGCCCGCUGGGCUUGGGAGCGCACGUCCUCGGCACAUUCGCCGGAGCCGUCGCGGGCUUCGCCUACGGGGCAUGGAAGUCGGCGCAGUGGACUGCGGAAGAUGGCGGCAUGUACCGCGCGGUUGGCCACGGCGUACUCAACGCCGCAGAGCAGAGCAUCGACAAGAUGAAGAGCAAGGCUGCGCGAGCAGUCGGGCUGAGCUGA